AUGCAACUUGCCAAAAACAUUAUGGAAAUUAACCUUGAGAAAUUGAACCUGCUCAACUGGGCCUUUUCUUGUCUUCUAGCCCAGUCAGAUGUGCAAGCAAUUGUGGAACAGAAGGUCCUCCUGCAAUGCCCCUGCGUAAAACGAAAUGAGAAAAUGAACAUACACUGGCAGCUAGAAGAGCAUACCACCGUGCUCUAUCAUGAUGGAAGUCAUAACAACACAACCAUAGGGAAUGGAUAUGAAAACAGGGUUCGUCUCUUUCUGAAUGAAGACAAGGACAACUGUUCCCUGCUCCUCUCAGGCAUCACUGUGGCAGACAACGGGGUGUACAAAUGCUCCUAUACAGCCAACGCUUAUGUCUACAAAAACGUUAUUCUACAUGUGGCUGGUAAGUAAUUUGGUUGGUUUGUUUGUUCAUUGUCUUUCCGCCAUCGUUUUAUUUCAUUGUUUACUUCCCUCCCUUUCUUUUCUACUUAAAAAAUUACUCAAUUUCAGGCACGCUGUUGUUGAUUAUCUCCUCUCUCCUCUCCAGCGAGCUACAGUGUCUAUAUGGACCUCGUCUCAGACCAGGCUUCGGCGUGUUCCGGAGGGGGAGAGGGGUCGGGGGUGUACCAGUGUAAAGCCUCCGGGGGCUAUCCAGAGGGCCAGAUUCACUGGGAGCUGGAUGGACAUCCUCUGGUGAACCCCUCCAGGAGGGAUGUGACCCACCUGGACAACUUUACAGGACUCUACAGCCUGACCAGCAACCUGACCAUCGAGCUGAAUAAGGGUGAAAAACUGCAGUGUGUGGUGGAGAACACAGCCCUGGCCUCUAAUCUCACCUCCAACUCCAGCUGCAAUCAAAAGCUUGGUGAGUACAGGAGACUAGUGAUACCAGUAGAUCUACUAACCAGUAGCAGUAUAUCAUGGUAGUCAGGGUCUGGAUUACAUUGAAUAAUUUUGAUUUGGGUCUCAGCUUGUACAAAAACUCCUAAAACGAUUCCAACACCAUCAUUAAGUUUGCUGAUGACACAACACUGGUAGGCCUGAUCACCGACAACGAUGAGACAGCCUAUAGGGAGGAGGUCAGAGUCCUGGCCGUGUGGUACCAGGAUAACAACCUCUCCCUCAACGUGACCAAGACAAAGGAGAUGAUUGUGGACUACAGGAAAAAAAAGAGGACUGAGCACUCCCCCAUUCUCAUCGACAGGGCUGUAGUGGAACAGGUUGAGAGCUUCAAGUUCCUUGGUGUCCACAUCACCAACGAACUAUCAUGGUCCAAACACACCAAGGCAGUCGUGAAGAGGGCACAACAAAGCCUAUUCCCCCUCAGGUGACUGAAAAGAUUUGGCAAGAUUCUACAGCUGCACCAUCGAGAGCAUCCUGACUGGUUGCAUCACCGCCUGGUAUGGCAACUGCUCGGCCUCCGACCGCAAGGCACUACAGAGGGUAGUGCGUACGGCCCAGUACAUCACUGGGGCCAAGCUUCCUGCCAUCCAGGACCUCUAUACCAGGCGGUGUCAGAGGAAGGCCCUCAAAAUUGUCAAAGACUCCAGCCACCCUAGUCAUAGACUGUUCUCUCUGCUAUAGCACGGCAAGCGGUACCGGAGUGCCAAGUCUAGGUCCAUAAGACUUCUCAACAGCUUCUACCCCUAAGCCAUAAGACUCCUGAACAGCUAAUCAUGGCUACCCGGACUAUUUGCACUGCCCCCCCCACCCCCACCCCAUCUUGUUACGCUACUGCUACUCUGUUAAUUAUUUAUGCAUAGUCACUUUAACUCUACCCACAUGUUCAUAUUAUCUCAACUACCUCAACUAGCCGGUGCCCCCACACAUUGACUCUGCACCGGUACCCCCCUGUAUAUAUAGCCUCCCUACUGUUAUUUUAUUUUACUUCUGCUCUUUUUUUCCUCAACACUUUUUUGUUGUUGUUUUAUUUUACUUUUUUAUUGAAAAAUAAAUGCAUUGUUGGUUAAGGGCUGUAAGUAAGCAUUUCACUGUAAUGUCUAUACCUGUUGUAUUCGGGGCAUGUGGCCAAUAAAAUUUGAUUUGAUAAAACAUCUGCAUAGGAAUACAUGAGAAUGAAAAGCUAGGAGUGGGUGCAUGCGUGCUUGUGUGUAUGUGCGUAAGGGUGGGGGAAAGCUAGGGAAAGCCCAGGCAUAAAAAUACAACAGGGAAAACCUGAACUCUGUGCUAGAAUGAAACAACAGUAUUAUCUCUAUUAGCAUUACCAAUGUGUAGAGAACAGUGUUUCCUCUGACUGAAAAAGGAAGGAGCUGGAAUCCACAGUGAUAUGUUGAAGGGUAGUCAACAAAGAAAGUUACGCUGCUGUGGCAUGUUGGGAGGAAGUGUGAGUUUUUGUUGGAAAGCCUUCUCACCACAGGUCAAGUUACACCAAGAGGUCUGCCUUUUCAAAUUCUUCCUCUGACAACUUUUUUGCUUCACCUUUUCUCAUCUAAAACAUGUUUUUGGAGCGUGUCAUAGUUUAUAUUCACUAUUCAUAUGUUUUCUGUUUCCUCUCUCCUUUCCAGUGUCCAUGGGAACUAGCAGUCCUGAUAAAGUAGUGGUUGCAGGAGUUGUGGCUGUCAGUCUGGUUGUGAUGUUUAUUGUGGGAGUCCCGCUGGUGUUCUUACUAACUAGAUGUUGCCGACAUGAAAGGUCAACGGUGAGCCAUUGCCCUCAUUAUCUGCCACUUGAUUUCUGGCCAAGUGUUUAAUGCUCUAGUAAGAAAACCAGAGAGCAAAGUUCAAUGGUUAAUCAAUUGUGUUUGAGUUUUAAAUAAAACAUACAAAUAAAAUAGUACUUAAAUAGUGAUUGAACAGAGUUGUGAAUUGAACAAUAGCGUUUAACACUUUGUGUGUGAGCAAUGUUUUGUGUUUUUCCCUGGAAGAAGCAGAGAGACACAGAGAGGCAGGAAAGAGGCGAGACCCAGUCGUUGAAUGCGUAUGAAAAUGACUCUGCCCGAAUGUGUGGAGCGUCUCCCCCCUCUGAUGCAACAAUCUCUCUUCAACUGACAGACAACAAAAUGGAGGGAUGAUAAUGAGAGGAAAUGAAACUUAAAAUAAGGCCUGUGUUCAACGUAGAAACUUGGAGCAACAUUGAGCAAUGUGUUGUACCGUCAUGUCUGAACUAUUCUGUGGGUGUUACGCAACGAGGCAAACAGCACCUGAAAGUGGUUUAUCACGGUUUUCCCCAGUUCGGUGACACUGAACUGAUCCCUGAGUUAUGAAUAUGAUGACGAGGGUAUCGUACAAAAUGUGGCCAUGUAGACAAGGUUUAGGAACUAAAAGAGAAGAGGAGAACCGCAUAAUGGGAGAAAUGACUGUGAUCAAUGGACUGAACGUGAGCUAGACUCAGUGGAC